AUGGGAAAGAAAAAUAAAGGAAAGAAAUAGGGAUAAGAUAAUAGCGAAUAGCAUUAGAAUGAAGAUAUAGGCAGCGUGCCAGCCGAACAUAUAAUUAAUGAUUAGGAAAUCUUAGAGAAUAGUGCUGUGCUCAUUUAGCCAAACUAACAUUAGCAAAAGAUAAUAGAAGAAUUGCUUAAAGAUGAAGAUGGAGAAAAUAAUAAUAAAGAGGAAGAUUUAAAAGAAAAGAAACCUGAAGAAGAAACUCAAAACAAUAAAGAUACUGACUCCCUUUCUGAUGUUUAAAUCAUCUAAAAAUAGUCUGAUCUUAUUGAAGUAGAGGAUAAAAAUUAAAUUUAAGAAACUAAUAAUCAGCAAUUUACAACUCCCUUAUCAGAUAGCAUUCAAUAAUAAUUCAACAGUCAGCAAUAAAGCCAAACUUAAAAUUUAAAUGCUACAGUUGAAAUAACUAGCUAGAGUACUCAAGAUUAGAGCUAAUUAUAAUAGUAAGAAGAAGUUCGUUUUGUAGUAGAUAUCUUUGAUUAAGCAAGAGCAGGAAACAUCUUGCCAUGGGCAUAUGCAGUAGAUAAUUAAUUAAUCAACCCACUUUAAUUUGAUAAUGAAGGCUUCCAUUUAAUACACAGAGCUAGCAUGUAUAAUUAGAUAGAUGCUGUUCACUCUCUUAUUUAAAAGCACAAAGUUCCUGUUGAUUUACGAGACAAAACUCAUUAAUAAACUCCAUUAAUUAUCGCAUCUAAAUAUGGACAUUUUAAGCUCAUGAAAUACCUUGUAGAUAUGGGAGCUAACGUAAGUGCUUGCGACUCAGAUUAGUUUACUCCAGUUUAGAAUACUGUUAUGAAUCGCUUCAAGCUAUAAACUAUUUAUUUAAUGAGCAAAGGAGCUGAUCUUACAGCUUUAGAUUAGCACAAUUGCAACAUAGCACAUCGUGCUGCAUUCAACAACGAUGUUCCUAUGCUUUAGAUUAUUAACUAAGUUGCUAAAAGUCUAUUUGAAUAAAAAGAUAAGUUUAAUCUCGCACCUGUUGGAAGAGCAAUAACAAAUGAUUCACAUCAGGCUUUUUAAUAUCUCUAAAGAACUUCUCCCAUUCCUGUUCCAGAUAAAUUCUACAAUACAAUGCCAAACAAAUGUAUGGGUAAUAUGAUUAAGGUAGAAUACUAAAAGUAAAAUAUACCAUUUUUUUCUAAGUAAUGGCUUUUAAAUUGUUAUAAGUCACGUCCUAAAGACUUGUGCAUAUUUAUGUAUGCAAUCAUGAUUGGUACACUAUACUACCAUUUUGUGCUACAAACAGGAAUUCUUUAUCACAAAUCAAUUCAACACUACUACUUCUGUAAUGUCAUACAUGGCUUGACUGCAUUUUUGAUGACAUAUAUUUUUAUUUUUGUUUUAAAAUCCGAAUGCCCUUCCCAAAAUUUAAAGCUUGGUUUACACAAUGGUGUUAAAAAUAUAAAUUUCCGUAAACUUGAUAUAAGCAAAGUAGAUUUUCAACAUCUAGAUAGACUUUUCGGGUAUGGAGGAAAAGACGAGACAGGAGAUGAAAUUGACGAAGAAGAUGAUGAAUAAUUACAUUAAUAAUAAGAUAAUCGCUUAAAUAGUUAGAAAAAAUGUUAACCACCAAAACGCACAAGAUUAAAUUUCUUAGAUUAUGUAGCAAUUUUAGUUGAAAAUAAUAAAUUUUCUGAAUUAAAAAAAUUUAAUGACAAUAACGUCUGUUAUGAAUGCUUAGAUAUUAAAGAAAAUCGUUAACAUCACUGUGAUAAAUUUGGGUUCUGUGUUUAAAAUUUCUCACAUUUCAGUGUAGUUUUUGAUAAAUUGAUUGUUAGAGGAACAAAUAGUGGAAAAUAUUACUUAAUAAUAUCUCUACAAUGGGUACUUUUGGUUCUCUUUUUUGUAGCAAAUUAUCUUUAUUGCUCUACUAAAUAUAGCUUUUAAGGCUCAUUUAUUUGGACAUUUGCUGAGAUUCCAUUUAUUUACUAUAACAAUUCAGAAUGGAAAUAUUUAGCAAUUUAUGCUUUUGCUUGCAUAUUAUACUACUUAGCAUCUCUUUAUUUCUUCAUUGAAACUUUUGGCUUAAUAAUGAAUCUUACCCGUUACGAAAUAUUUUAUCCUAAUAGAUGCCAUUAUUUCUAUCCAAGCAAAAACAUUUAAGAAAUUACUUUAGGUAGAGCUUAUGGUCCAUAAAGUGGCGGCUCUACAUUCUUUAAGUAUUAUGAAAACCCUUAUUCCAAUUGUAAAAAAAGAUAAUGA